UUUUUAUUUUAGAACACAAAUUAUUUAUUUAUUUUUUUUAAACAAUACUAAAAAAACAUGAAAUGUAAGUAUCAUCAUCUGAUGCCAGUGGCGCAGACGUAGUAAUCGCAAACCACCCACAAAGACAACCUCAAAAAAUUAACACUUCGGUAAAGCAAAGAAUUUUGGAUUCUCGGUUGCCAUCGAAAAAAAAAAAAAGAAAUGGGGAGGUCUUUAGUUUUCUCUACCAACAUUUCUCUCAGGUUUUCUCAAACACCCAGAUCUAUUUCACCUCGGAUUCACCUAAAUCAGUCUCACAAAUUUACUGCAAAUUCUCCAUUUGGGUAUCAAAAAGUUGGAAUUUUGAACUCAAAUUGCACAAGAAAACUAUGCACAAGAGCCUUGAUGUCAGAGGUUUCUAACCAGAGACAAUUUCCUAAAGUAGGUGCCAAAUCAACUGGACCAAUCCCUCCAACUCAGCUCAUUGAAGUUGUUGAGACGGCUGCAAAAACUGGCUCUGAGGUGGUGAUGGAAGCUGUCAACAAACCAAGAAAUAUCACAUAUAAAGGACUAACUGACUUGGUAACCGACACAGAUAAAAUGAGUGAGGCUGCUAUUCUUGAAGUAGUAAAAAGGAAUUUUGGAGAUCACCUGAUCCUUGGGGAGGAGGGAGGAAUUAUAGGAGAUAACUCAUCAGAUUAUCUAUGGUGUAUUGAUCCUUUAGAUGGAACAACAAAUUUUGCACACUGUUAUCCUAGCUUUGCAGUUUCAGUGGGUGUUCUGUUUCGAGGAAAUCCUGUUGCUGCUGCUGUGGUGGAAUUUGUUGGGGGGCCUAUGUGUUGGAAUACCCGUACAUUUACUGCUACUGCUGGUGGGGGAGCAUUUUGUGACGGUCAGAAAGUCCAUCCAAGUCAAACUGAUAGGGUGGAGCAAUCUCUUCUUGUGACUGGGUUCGGAUAUGAACAUGAUGAUGCAUGGAUUACCAACAUGGAAUUAUUCAAGGAAUUUACUGACAUCAGUAGAGGUGUGAGAAGGCUUGGUGCUGCAGCUGUCGACAUGUGCCAUGUAGCUCUAGGAGUAGCAGAAGCAUAUUGGGAAUAUCGUCUAAAACCAUGGGAUAUGGCUGCUGGUGUAUUGAUAGUUGAAGAAGCUGGUGGUGCAGUGACUCGCAUGGAUGGUGGAAAAUUUUGUGUCUUUGAUAGAUCUGUUUUGGUAUCUAAUGGUGCACUUCAUGCUAAGCUAUUGGAGACGAUUGCACCUGCAACAGAGAAACUGAAGAAUAAAGGAAUUGAUUUCUCGUUAUGGUAUAAGCCAGAAAAUUACAUCACAGAUCUUUGAAAUGCCAGAGAGUUAUACUUCUGUUUCCUGACAUGGCAAGAAGGUUCUCUCAGCAAGCAGAGCCAUAUAGUUUUGGUAGCACCACCGCUAUUAUGCUAUUAAAAGGAUAACAGGGAUGCUGAGGACGUAAAUAUCUUGUGGAGGCUGAAGAAGAGGGUUUAAAGAAGUUGUGUCAGUUAAUAAUGAACUUUGACCGGAUAAAACUCGAAAGAGCCGAUGUUGGGAUAGACAUGCAUGGCAUUUGUAGUUAUAUCUCUUCUGGUUAAUAAAGUAAUAUGUAAUUGUCUAGAACUUGGUAUUUGCCGUUAUUAACUGUUCUAUUGCAGUUGCAAUUUUACUUGUAUGCAUCGGUUUCUAUGUUAUAUUUGCCCUCACAUUUCUUUUCGUUUGUGUUUUCUUUGUUCCUUUCAGAAUGUUAAGCGUUUAUAAUUUUACCAUGCCUUUACU